AUGAGCAACAAGCUGCAACAUAUGGCGUACGAGUGCAAGGGCUUGCAUGGGCCCGGGGUCAAGAGCGUGUGCGAGGUGCGGAGUCCUGGCGAGGAACUUUUUUCCGUCGACCGCAUCAUCAUUCCCAUUUUCCAGCGGCGGUACUGCUGGACGGCAAAGGUGGUGACCACGCUUCUGUCCGACGCCAUGGAUGCCGGUGCCACGGGCCGCCACGCCAUGGGCAAGGCCAUUUUCGUGCCGGGCGCCCAGGACCGGACCCUGGUCUGCGUCGAUGGGCAGCAGCGGCUGACUACGGUCUCGCUGUUAGUGGCGGCGGUGGCGCGUGUGGCGCGCGCCCGCGCGUGGUGCGACGAGCUUGAGCGCGAUCAGCUGCUGGCUGCGUGUCAAGCACUGCUCUGGAGCGACGAGCCGCCAGCGUCGGGGCCGGACGGGGUCGUUGAGGGCGAGGACGUGCCGAGCGCCCGGCUCUCGCCAUCGUAUCCGGACCGAGCUCCGUUCUUUACAGCGGCGAUGGGCGGAGAUCCGGCUGGGCGCCCGGCGCGGCGCGAUCGCUAG